AUGAAAACCACCAUCGCCAUGCUCACCGCCUCAAUGGCCACCGCCAUCCUUGCCCAUCCCUUCGACACUCGCUCCCAGCAGUGCAACAUCGCCCCCUCCGCCUCUCCCUCCACCAAUAUCCAGCCCGUUUCCACUCCAAGUGCCUCUACUGCCCAGGCCUGCCAGAAGCUCUGUACCGCUCACGCCUCCUGCAAGAGCUUCCUCUUCGGCCUGCCCGCUGACGCCAAGGCUCCCACCUGCAAGCUCUACUCUGUCCCUGCGGCCCAGGUUCCUAACCAGGGAAAUAACCUGUAUGUCUUUGACAAGGCUUGCUCUGAGAAGGCUGUGCCCAACACCAAGCCUACGGAGGAUAAGCCACGUGGUGAGGUGAAGGCCAGGGUUGAGAGGGAUGACAAGCCUGAGGGUAAACCUCCUGUUGAUGGUCAGCCCCCCGUUGGUGAGAAGCCUAAGGGCAAGGCCCCUCAGAACCCCCCUCACAACAAGAGGGAUGACAAGCCUCCUGUCGAGGAUCAGGACCACGCUGGUGAUAAGCCACCCAAGAACAAGGCUCCCGUCAACCCUCCUAACAACAAGAGGGACAACAAGCCUAAGGGCAAGCCUCCUGUCGAUGGUAAGCCCCCUGCUGGUGAUAAGCGCAAGGGCAAGGCUCCCGUGAACCCUCCCAACAACAAGCGCGGCAUUAAACCCGAAGACAAGCCCCAUGGUGAUGACAAGCCCAAGGCUCCCCUGCCCCCCAAGGACAAGAACUCUGGCAAGCACAACUAA